UCUCGUCGCACGUGAAAGAUCAAGGCUACGUUGAUAAGUAGUAAAGACGGGUGAUUGGAGAUCAACGUGCCAUGGUAAUUUGGUCACCACAGCACGUAUGCGGGCACAAGGUAGGAGUAGAGGAAGGGGAAGGUGGUCUAACUGCGGGAGAUAUUGGAUGGAGAAUAUGGCGCAAACCCCGACACAUUGACAGCCUUCGAUGGCGCCAUUUCAGCAACCCUCUCCAAAUUUUCAAUCAACAACUGGGCCAUAUCAGCAGCAGAUUCCGGUGUCGGUAGCACCCGUCAUUUUCACGUCGAUUCCACAAUAGUUCCCUCCUGGGCUGUCGUACCAGUAUCCAAGAUAUGGACAACAACCACUGUAUCCUGGUCAGACACCAUCGGCGGCACCGAAUAACAGGCAGUAUCAAGGAUUUGGACGUCGAAAUGGUGGGAGCUACCAACCACGUGCCUUCUUCACUAGGGAACAUGCUGACUUUAUCGAUAAAUUAAAAUUGAAGGAUGCUAUAGAGGAGGCGAGAAAAAAAGAUUUGGAUGAAAUUGGGAGAUUGAAGAUAAUGGCGAGAGAGGAGGAUACGCAGAAGGAGUAGAGAAAUAAGGGGAAGAAACCGAAUGGAAAAGACAAAGGUAAGGGGAAGAUACUGGAUGAUGGGAAAGAGGACGAAAUGAAAAAAGUGACUCGCAAAAAAAUUUGGGGGUUCGCUAAAGAUUCUGACUGAAAAAUUGGAGGUGGUUGAGAAGGGGUCGAAGAUACAGGACAGUGAGAUGGAAGAAUUAAAGAUGCUGAGAGCAGAGAAGGAGCUCAGGGAGCUAAGAGAAAGCUCGAGCAAUGAGAAAAGAAAAAGAGACACCACUCCGAUUCGCCCAAAGGGUGGGAAAGUGAGAUCACGAACUGGUCUAUUGAAGAAAGGGGGAAGGGUGAAGACCCCUAAGCCGGUGGAGGUUUCUUCUGAUGAGGGGAGUAAAGAAAAGGAUGCGGUAGUACAAAAUUUGGAUGGCAAACUGGGUGAAUCUGGUGGGAACAUGAAGGAAGUGUUAGUUCUGAAGGAUCUAAUCCAGGAACUGUUGGCAGCGAAAGGUAAGGAUCAUGACAGCUGCAACACGGGUGAUGAUGGAAAAAAAACUGAAAAGAAGCUGGGAAAGACUGAGCAUGGGGGGCUAACUGCUGAGAAGGUCGAGGGACAUGAGGAACUGGAACCAGGCACUGCUAAAGAAAGCGGGAAAGAUGACCUUGCACCAGACCUCUAUUUCAGAGAUCGAGUGGUUUACUAUGAUGCGAUGCAUUACACAGAGAUCCAGACUUUGUGUAAGAAGAAGGGGAUCGCAUAUAAGAAGAAAGAAGCGGGAGUCUGGGAACUUGCCAGACUUGAUUUCGAGGUACUGCAGAAGUUAGAGAAAUCUGAGGAGGAGGAGAAUGUCACUGAAAUCGAGACAAGUGAGGAUGAUGACGGGGGUGAACGAGAGAGUAGCUCUGAAUCGGAAAGAGAAUCAGCGAAGAAAGAAAACGCGGGAAAUUGAACUAGGCUAAGCAAGAGAACCUUGCUUAGAGCAUGCAAGAGAAUUAUUUCUUUCUCUUGCAAAUAUGACAACAAUUUUGCAAAAGAAGUAAGCACUGUCUUGAAAUUGCUCGUGUUGGUCCUGUGUUUGAAAGGUGACUUAAAAUGGGGAAGAGCAUAUGUUAAAUAUUGGAUUAACCUGAACAGGGAACAACGGGAAAAGAUAUUAAAUGUUGAUAAAUGUGUAUAUGUGUU